AGGUCUGGAUCCCCUGCAUCAGCUGGGACUGUAACCUGCUGCCAUGGGGGUUAAAGCGAUGCUUCCCAACUAUGAACUGGGGUUUUAUGCUCUCACCGUGACAUGUGCUGUGGUGUACAGUAGCAGUGAGAUCUUCCAAGCAUCCAGAGAUAGCAUGAACAGAAAGGCCUUUCGGGAUGGCAUAAAGCCGGGCUGGCACUACUUCGGCAGGAAGAUGGAUGUGGCCGAUUUCGAGUGGGUGAUGUGGUUCACCUCGUUCAGGAACGUCAUCAUCUUCGCCCUCUCAGGACAUGUCCUCUUCGGCAAGAUCUGCUCCCUGACAGUGCCACAGCACCGGGCUGUGGUGUACAUGCUGUAUGGGUUCUUAGCUGUGCUGAGCAGCAUGGGACCCGUCUACCUGAUGAUCAUCCUCUCACACUGCGUUGUCCUCUACUCAGUCGCACUGGCCAAGCAGAAGUGGCUCUGCUAUGUGGCCGGGCUCUGCUGUCUCGCCUCCUUCAAGAUGGAGCCAUUUAGCUCAUGGCAGAGCGGGUUUGUAACGGGAGCUUUUGAUCUUCAAGAUGUCCUGUUCUAUGGAGGAAGUGGGUUCACCAUCAUGCGCUGCAUGAGCUUUGCACUUGAGAGCGCUGAGAAGAAAGAGGGUAUCUACUCCAUCUUCGACCUCCUCAAGUACAACUUCUACCUCCCAUUCUUCUUCUUUGGGCCUGUCAUGACUUUUGACCAGUUUCUUGCCCAGGUGAGCACCCGAGAGCUAAGACGCAAAGAUGAUGAGAUGAGGAACAUCCGGGUCCAUGCCCUUAUCCAUGUGGGGGCCGUCAUUGCUGUGGACAUCUUCUUCCACUUCUUCUACAUCCUCACUCUUCCUUCUGACCUGAAGUUCAUGAACCGCCUCUCGGACUGGUCCUUGGCUGGCCUGGCCUACUCCAAUUUGGUGUAUGACUGGGUGAAAGCUGCUGUCAUGUUUGGGGUCAUCAACACCAUUGCCAGACUCGACCACUUGGACCCACCCCAGCCCCCCAAAUGCAUCACCAUGCUCUACGUCUUUGCAGAAACGCAUUUUGACAGAGGGAUUAACGACUGGCUAUGCAAGUACGUGUAUGAUCACAUCGGAGAGAACCAUGACAACAUCAUUAAGGAACUCAUGGCCUCCAUCGCCACCUUUGCCAUCACCACCCUGUGGCUGGGACCCUGUGAGAUCGUUUACAUCUGGUCUGUCUUCAACUGCUUUGGCCUCAACUUUGAGCUUUGGGUGCAGAAGUUCUUCCAGCAGGCACCCUUUGUCAAACUGGAGGCCAAAAUGUCAGCGGCCAUGUCUCGGCGGAUUAGGGCAGUUUUUGGGGCUGUGAAUUUCUGGGCCAUCAUCCUCUUCAACAUCCUAGCCCUCAACAGCCUGGAGUUUGCGUUGCUAGUGACCAAGAGACUCCUCCAGACAGGUUUCCCUGUCAGCACCUUGUCCAUCUGGUUCAUCACAUACUGUGGAGUGCAGCUGAUCAAAGAGCAUGAGCGCAUCCUGGCCAUCAAGGAGGAGAAGACUGACAAAGCAAAGGCAGAGUAGAAGGGAGGCAUCAGCAGGCUUGUCCCAAAGCCUCAUCCCACUUCCAGCCACUGCUGCCAGGCCAGCCACUGGCUGGGGCUUUCCAAACACUCCAGACAAUCGGACUGCUGUAUCUCACCCACGUAGAAGUCACCUGGAAGGCACAGGUCACCCCCUUGCUGCGGGAAAGGUUUUCUG